CACUGCACCGUGCCCGGGGGGUGUGGCAACAACUGCCGCACAAUGCAGGAAGCCAAUGAUCACCUGCAGCAGUGCGUGGAAGAGGUCAACGGCACUUGCGACCUACCCCAUUGCCUACCCACACGUCUCAUCGUCAGACACUGGAACACGUGUGACAGGGGCGACCGCUGCCACAUCUGCCAGCCAGUGCGGGAUGAGAUGGUGCGGGUGGGUAAGGAGGAGGCGCAGGAGCAGAGGCAAGGAGUAGAGCAGGAGCAAGGAGUAGAGCAGGAGCAACGAGAGCAGCGGGAGCAAUCAAAGGUAUGUGGGCGAGAUGGUGUGCGUGGGGUGUGUUGA